AUGAGCACCGCCUGUUCGUUCUUUCGACGUCUCUUCAACUGGAUUCCAGGCCCAGCCAUUGCAAAAUUCACCAGGUUUUGGGCGACCUCGCACCAUCUCGACGGUUCUUACGACGAAACUGUCCAGGAGCUGCACCUCCGCCACGUCGGCCCUACACUUUACAGCUUGAGCGAUCAAGAGUACUUUGACACCUUGUACGAUCUCGAAGCCGGCUCGUAUUCCGCAGCUCCGGCGGCCGUAUCCUCCUUUCAACAGCUCCUGAUGUCGAACAUUUUUCGCAACGAACACCUCAUCGAUGCCUGCAAUGAGAAGCUCUUUGCUUUCUUUACCCACUCUGCGCAGAUCGGAGCACCGAUCAACCUGUCCAACAUUAUCGCACGAUACGCCUACGAUGUCAUGAUCGCCACUACAACUGGUCAGCCUGCGGGUUUCCUCGAUACCGAGCCUGACCCGGCCAAGGUUGACCGCGCACUGAAAGACUGGAGAUUCUACGCCAUACUUUACGGCUCAUAUUUGAGAUACCACCCGAUCAUUGCAGCCGUGCGAAAAUUCUGCGGGAUGGAUAAGAUAGCUCAAGACGAGCGGUUCAAAAUGACGCCAGAAGCAGCACAGCCAUCAGAGUCCACGGACGAGCAGCCUACCCACGCCAAACAUGGUACAAAGACUUCUGCAGCACCCAUCGAAGCUCGCAUUGCUUUGUCACUUGCAGGUGCAGAUCCAACGAUGUCUCUUAUACUCAAAGCCAUUCAGCAAAUGUUCACCGAGGAGGGCUUGUUGGACAGAUUGCGUGACGAGAUCACAGCGGCCGACCUGUCUUACCCAAUACCUUUCCAGCAACUCAUUUCAAGAAAAGAUCGCCUGCCACUCAUGCUUGGCCUGCUAUUGGACUGCUUGCACGCACAAAGCGGCAGAGCUGCAAAAGCAUACACUGUACCAAAGGCCGGUAUAUCCAUAGGCAAUGCCGAAGUGCCCGAAGGUGUGAGUACUACCGCAACCCUGCCAUCUGUCUCUUCAAUCACUCACUGA